AAGAGUAUCCGUACGAAUUCGAUACAGUUCGCAUCAAUUCGGUACGAAUUCGCAACAUAAGGGUAAAACGCGAAUUGUUGCAUCAUUUUUACGCUUAAAAGUUGCGAUUCGUCAAUUCGUCUUUAAACACUUUGUCCACACAUCUCAUGGAACUGGAAAGAAUUCGUCAACAGCAUAUUGAACAAGAACAUAGAAGAGAUCGGUUAAGUUUAUGUGCUCGAGAUAAAUUAGUUUAGGAAAGCACAGAAAAACAGGAAGAACGGAAGACGAAAGUGGAAAUAUUUAUUCAAUUAAUUAAAUCAAAAAAUCAACAUUUAGAAUUUCCUUCUACUGUCCCUGAUAAUGCUAAUAUGAUUGAAAACAAAACCACUGUUACCAGUACCAUAACAAAAGAUUAGAUUAACCCAGUUCUUGUUGAAAAAUUGUUAAGUGUCAAAGAUCAUUUAGCAAUAACUACUAGUACUACUAGUAAUACUAAUAACUACUACAGAUCAAAUAGUAGAAGUUCACGUCGCUCUUUAAAACGUUUAAGAUCGAAAUCUUCUGAAUUAUCGACAAAAUAUCAUUGUCAUUACUUAAAUUUAUCCUAUAGUUCAUCAACAAUCAAACGACGACUUUCUAGAUCAAAAUCAUCAUCUCGACAUGGUGGAACCUCUUAUUUUCAGACAAUAAAAUCUUUUAAUAUCAGACAGUAACGUUCACAUUCUCAUUCCAAAAGUAAGAAGAAUAAAAAAUCAAAAAUAUCACAAAAACAAAAGUAAAUCGAAACAUCGCCAUAUAUCAAGUUCAUCGGAUAGAAAAUCAAAUGAAAAGAAGAAAAGUGAAAUAAAAUCCAGAAAAUUUAUCCGUUUGUUAACGAAAUGUCAAAAACAGUUGUUGUAACUAUUUCAUCAGGUUCUUCUGCAUCUAAAUUAUCGUUGGUAUUUGCAACAUCAUCAUCAUCAUUAAAAGAUUCUUCAGUUGUCGCUGAAGUAUUAUCAUCUACAAUCAUAACAGUUCAGCAUUCCGUACGUUGUUCACAGUUAAAACCUUCGACAUUGUUUUGUCGUCAUCUGUGGACUGGAAAUGAGUCGCUAAAUGAAAUUGAUCCAGAAAUAAUGAAUUUAAUUAAAGAAGAAAAAAAACGGCAGAUAUCUGGCAUAGAACUGAUUGCUUCUGAGAACUUUUGUAGUCGAGCAGCAUUACAAGCAUUGGGAUCGUGUUUAAAUAACAAGUACAGUGAAGGGUAUCCUGGUCACCGCUAUUAUGGAGGAAAUGAAGUAGUGGACAAAGUUGAAAAUCUAUGUCGUGACAGAGCGUUGAAGGCGUUUCACCUAGACCCAAAACAAUGGGGUGCCAACGUUCAACCACUUAGUGGCAGUCCAGCCAACUUUUCUGUUUAUACGGGCCUUUUGAAACCACAUGAACGUUUGAUGGGUUUGGACUUACCUCAUGGUGGUCACCUAACGCAUGGUUUCAUGACCGACAUUAAGCGUGUUUCAGCCACAUCCGUAUACUUUGAGUCGAUGCCAUAUAGAUUAGAUAUUUGUGAUGAUGUUGGUGCCGUUCUAAUGUGUGAUGUAGCUCACAUUGCCGGUCUAAUAGCUGCAGAAGUUAUACCAAGUCCGUUUGAAUUUGCCGAUGUGGUUACAACGACUACACACAAAUCAUUAAGAGGCGUUAGAUCUGGUCUUAUAUUUUAUCGAAUUGGCGUCAAGAGUAAAGACAAGAAAGGCGAAGAUAUUCUAUAUGAUUAUCAAUCAAAAAUAGAUUCUGCUGUCUUUCCAUCGUUAUACGGCGGCCCGCAUGACCAUCAAAUAGCCGGCGUAGCAGUUGCUUUAAAAGAGACAAUGUCGUCGGAUUUUAAACAAUAUGCUAAGCAAAUCCUAUUAAAUGCUAAGUCUAUGGAAAAAGCAUUAACUAAUAGACAAUAUGCUAUUGUGAGUGGUGGUACGGACACUCAUGUCCUUCUUCUCGAUUUAAGACCCAAUAAUUUGGAUGGUGCAAGAGUUGAAAGAGUUUGUGAAUUGGCACAUAUUACAAUAAAUAAAAAUUCUGUACCUGGCGAUAAAAGUGCAAUGGUCCCGGGCGGUAUUCGUCUUGGAACGCCGGCAAUGACAUCUCGUGGUUUGAAAGAGGAUGAUUUUAAACAAAUAGUUGAAUUUUUACAUGAAGCUAUACUAAUUUCAUCACAAGCAAAAGAAAAAACGAAAACGUUAAAAGAUUAUAAACAAUUUCUAUUAAACGAUCCAACAAUUCAAGCGAAUAUAAAGACGUUGGCUGAUAAAGUGAUUCAAUUUGCACAAAAAUUUCCAAUGCCUGGCUACCCAGAUCAUUAA